AUGUCCCAGGAAAGCAUGACUCACCUUGAUGAACUCCAGACCCAACGGCUGGAGGAGAUGUGCAUCGUCAUUGACAAGCAGGAUCGGGUCAUCGGAGCCGAAACCAAGAGGAACUGCCACCUGAACGAGAGCAUCGAGAAGGGACUGAUCCACCGAGGCUUCAGCGUGGUGCUCUUCAAUACUGAUGACCAGCUCUUGAUCCAGCAGCGAUCAGACGCCAAGUACACCUUUCCUGGGCAUUUUUCCGACUCCUGUUCUAGUCACCCGUUGUACAGCCCUGCAGAACUGGAGGAAAAGGACGCCUUGGGAGUGAGGAGGGCUGCCCUGAGACGCCUGCAGGCUGAGCUGGGAAUUCCCCCGGAGCAGAUUUCUAUAAAGGAUAUAAUUUUUAUGGUACGGAUUUACCACAAGUGUCAAUCGGAUGCUCUCUGGGGAGACCAUGAAGUUGGCUACCUUCUAUUGGUGAGGAAGAACCUCACAGUGAACCCAGAUCCCAGGGAAGUCAAAGACUACCGCUACGUGAGCCGGGAGGAGCUGGCGGAGCUGCUGGACAGGGCGGCCAGAGGGCAGGAGAAGGUCACCCCAUGGUUGAGGAACAACGCAGAGGACUUCCUGUUCAAGUGGUGGGCUCAUUUGUCUGAUGUCUCUGCAUUCGUGGAAGCUGACAAAAUAUAUGGACAGUGA